CGAACCACCGCCCAUCAGCUGAGAAAUUCAGCCGGGUGCCUUCCGGGACGCUUAAGGGUGGCCGCCGGUGGAGGAGGAGGAGGAGGAGGAGAAGGAGGAGGUCUUGGUGAUCAUUUAGAGAAAGCUUCUCAUCUUUCUCCGCCCAUCUGAUGAGAUUGGUCAAUGAACAGAUCAGCCAUGUCUUACACUCCAGGAAUUGGUGGCGACCCAGCCCAAUUGGCUCAGCGUAUCUCUUCUAAUAUCCAGAAGAUCACACAAUGUUCUGCGGAGAUACAAAGGUCUUUGAAUCAACUUGGAACACCUCAAGACUCACCAGAAUUGAGGCAACAACUGCAACAGAAGCAACAGUAUACAAACCAACUUGCUAAAGAAACAGAUAAGUACAUAAAAGAGUUUGGAUCUCUGCCCACCACUCCAAGUGAACAGCGUCAAAGGAAAAUACAGAAAGAUCGCCUAGUUGCUGAAUUUACAACUUCACUAACAAACUUCCAGAAGGUCCAAAGACAAGCUGCAGAAAAAGAGAAAGAUUUUGUUGCCAGAGUACGAGCCAGUUCCAGGGUCUCUGGUGGUUUUCCUGAAGAUAGUUCUAAAGAUGGGAAUCUUGUGUCUUGGGAAAGUCACACCCAACCCCAAGCUCAGCUGCAGGAUGAAGACAUUACAGAAGAUGAUCUCCGCCUUAUUCAAGAGAGAGAAUCUUCCAUUAGGCAACUUGAAGCUGAUAUUAUGGAUAUAAAUGAAAUAUUUAAGGAUUUAGGAAUGAUGAUUCAUGAGCAAGGAGAUGUGAUAGACAGCAUAGAAGCCAAUGUAGAAAAUGCUGAGGUACAUAUCCAGCAGGCAAACCAGCAGCUAUCAAGGGCUGCGGAUUAUCAGCGCAAGUCCCGAAAAACUCUGUGCAUCAUCAUUUUUAUUGUUGUCAUUGGAUUGGUGAUUCUUGGAGUCAUCAUUUGGGGAUUGCAAAGAAAUUAAAAGGAGGGCAGUGUUGCACUACAUCACCUAAAUUAUGUAGGAAUUUUCCUCUAAUUGUAGUUUUUAUCACUGUAUAGCUGUUGAGUAAAUUAUGGUUUCCAUAUCUUGUCAUUUUUAUUUGAGGGAAAGUUUCCUUUGGUUUAAAUACAAUAUUUUCUAAUAUUGAAAUGUUUUCUAAAUUUUUCUGCUGUUGUCAUAUUCUUCAAUUCAGCAAUUACUGAAUUUUUGUCCAUAUUCAAAUUUGCUAUCAGCCCAUUAUUUAAGUUGUUGACUGUUAACUUAGAUUUUGUUAUUAAAAACUCUUGUGUCAUGUGAGCAUCUCUAUUGCUGUACAUACUUGUACCUAACUUUCUGUUGGCCCAAGGAAAAUACCUGAUUUCAGUUUGGGCUAGUGGAGGAAAUAUUGUCAAACAACUUAAAAAAUUGGUUAACAGAUCUGUGUGCUGCUUAGUUCUUGACAAAGAUGCCAACAUACUCUUUCUUAGAUGAUUCAUUCUUUUGAUACCUAUAUCAACCCAGAAAAACAACAUGUGGACACGUUCUUAAUUUGUCUCAUACUUCUGAUAUGUAUUUAUUAAGCAUUUGCUGUAGCGUGCCUGGUAAAUACCUCUACAGUGAAGAGUGGUGGUGAUUGCAUAGGCUGUAUUUAGCUCUUAACUCUAUUUGGAGAAGUAUAGUCUUUGUAAAUGUUUCCUGUGCAUUUGGAGAAAAAAAAUAAAUGCUAUAGCUGAUAAUUUUUGGAUUCCAGAGAGCUUAACUGAUUGCUGAAUGACUACACUGAAAACAGAAACCCAAGUUUUUUGGUGGGUUCUUACUUAUCUUCCCUAAUAUCUGACUGGGAAGUGACAUGUUCAUGGAUCAAAAUUGCCAUUGUUAACUAACACACUGGCUAGUUCGCUCUGCUUUCGUUGUUUUGCUCUUUCUCAUUUGUGCCAUUUUGUACCAUCCUUCAUUAGAAUGGGGAGUGAGUGUUUUGCCAGUGAACCCACUAGCGUUUUUAAUCAAUGUUGUUUUAGUGCAAUUAUCUGGAAUAUUGUAAAGUGGAUUCUUUCUAUUUUGAUUCUGUAUUUUAUAAUGUUCUUGUACAGCAGUUUAAUAGUGAAUGCGCUGUUUACAUGGCAAACUAUGAGACUUUAAUUGGAAAUGAAUAAAAUUAUCUAAUUUAGUGAAAUGUAACUAUGCAGCCAAAAUAAAGAUAAUUUAAAUUGUC